AUGGCCAACGACGAUAGCUCCAUCUGGGUCUACAGCCCUUCCUUUCCUCUGGCAAUUGUCGGCUGCGUUGUCUACUGUCUUUUAUUCAUCGCCAUCACCUACACCACCUGGAUCAAGCACCGCGCCUGGUUCUUCUCCACCGUCGUCGUCGGUGCCGCCGUCGAAGUGGCCGGCUACGUCUUCCGCGUCUACUCAACCAAGCACCAAACCGUCCUUGUCCCGUACAUCUUGACACUUACGUUUACCGUCCUCGCCCCCGUCUUCGUCGCGGCCGGUAACUACCUGCUCAUCAGCCGCCUCAUCCUGAGCGUCCUGCCGCCGACCCGCCACCGCAUCCUCGGCAUCGCCGGCCGCCUCCUCACGCCCAUCUUCGUCACCUUUGACGUUGUCUCCUUCCUCGUCCAGGGCAACGGGUCCGCCAUCGCCAGCUCCGGAAACUGGACAGGCGACAAGGAGAAGAUUGGGCGGUACACGCUGAUCGGCGGCCUCGUGCUGCAGCUCGUCGCCUUUGGGCUCUUCCUCGCCGUGUUCGGACGCUUCCACUUCUUGGCCAAUAAGUUCGCCGUUCCCGAAGCGCCGGUUGGCUGGCGCAAGGUCGCCCGCGCAGUCUACAUUUCCAGCAUCGCCAUCAUGAUCCGCUGUAUUUAUCGAGUCUGCGAGUUUGCGGAAGGUAUGCAGGGCUACGCGUUUCGCACCGAGUGGCUGUUCUGGGCGUUUGAGAGCAUCCCCAUGGUGUUUGCCAUCGGCGCCUUCUGCGUCUGGCAUCCGUCGCAGUAUCUGCCGCGCAGCGCGCUGCUCUCCAGCAAGGCCAGGGCCAAGAAGCAGAACUCCGUGGAGAUGGCUACAAGCACGUCAACUUCGCACGAGGCAAUUGUAUAA